AUGCCAGGGGUGGUGGGGGGGGGGAGCCGCCCUCGCGUCUUGGGCGCCCCGCCACCCGCGGGCACCGUCGCCAGGCCGCCAGCCCCUGCGCAGAAGAUCGAUGGAGCGGGACCCCGGGUAGGUGGCAAAGCGGGGAGAGCCGGCCGAGCAGGGCCGGGGAGGCUGCGGCUCCUGCCUGGGGUUCUAGACCAGCCGCACCCCCUGCCCGGCUCCAGGAGCCCUCGCGCCCCUCAGCGCUUGGCUCCCCUCCCGGGUGGCCCUGGUCCUUCCUCCCAGACCCCGAUUCCUCCUCGCCGUAUUGCUCCCCAGCACCCCAGAUCUCUCCCCAGCACCCUGAAUUCCUUUCCGACGCCUCGAAGACCGCCCAACCCCCUCGGAUUCCUUCCCACCAUCCUGGGUCCCUCCCCAAACCCCAGUUCCUUCCAAACGCCACUGGUUUCUCUCCAGCUCCCCAGAUCCCUACCCCACCCAGAAUCCCUCCCUGGCAGCCGGGAUUUCUCCCCAAGGUCCGGUGCUUCGCCCCAACACCCCGGAUUCCUCUCCAGUACCCCUCCCCCCACCUCCCUAUUCCACGCGCGCGCGCGCGCGCUCGCGUUUGCUCCUAACUUCUUCAGGAAUUUCUCCCGAGCUCGGAGACUCGCGCCCCACCUUCUUCCUGCCCCGCCUGCGCCGCCCCUCACCCCAGCUCCUUCCGGGCCCCAAUCCACUUUUCGCGGGGCUCCCGGGACCCCCUCCCGCGUCAGGAGCGUGCUUUCCCCUGCUCCAGUCCCCAUCAGAGAAGAUCCGAGAAUCUCCAGGCCCCACGCCUCGCCCCUUCCGCUGGGGUUUGGGGUCGGCUUCUCCCCGUCUAGGAGCCGUUGCCGGUCGGCCCAGUGCUGGCUGCCGUCACCACUCAGAGUUGGGGGCCCCAGGAGAUCCUUACGGGACCCCCCCACCCGCCCGCCGUUUCUUCCCUUUCCCUGUGGCUGA